AUGCUGCGCUGCUGUCUCCCACGACGUGCUAUUGCGCAAACCCUGACGAAGGAUAACUACACGCUGUCACGUUUAUCUAAUGGUUUACGUGUGCUGACGUGCGACGACGGCAACGGCAUCACUGGCAUGGGGCUCUUCAUGCUGAACGGAACGAAGUUUGAGGAUGAGACGAAUACCGGGGCGGUGGCCGUGUUCGAGACGUUGCCACUGCGCAGUAACCAGAUACUUACAGGCCGCGAGAUCAGCGAGGCUCUGGGCUCACUAGGUAACGCCUUUAAGGUUACAAACAACAAGGAGGCAUUGUCUGUUAUGUUGAUGCUGCCGCGCUACCACCAGAGGGAUGGGUUGGAGCUGCUCAAUUCGAUGUGCCUGCACCCGACACAGGAUGAGGCGGAGUUUUAUAUUGCAAAGGAGAAGGCCGCUGAAAGAGCCCUCCUGCACUGCCGUGACGCGACAAGCGUCUGCCUGGAACUCGUGCACGAGGCGGGGUGGAACGGCAAAGGACUUGGACAGCCGCUCAACCCAACGAAGAACGAACUUGAUAAUUUAACCCUUGAAAAGUUUACUGCCUUUCAUCGCAACUAUACACGACCAGAGCGUACCGUACUUGCUGCCACCGGUGUCGCGGAUCACAAACAAUUCGCCGCAGAUGCUGAGCGCCUUCUGAAGUUUGACUGUGAGCCUGCGCCGCUUAGCACGCCAUGUCACCACCCAUACACAGGGGGAAGUCGGCUGGUGCAGAAGACGGAGGCCCCCGAGAGCAUGAAUAAGUUCCAGGAGAAGAAUCUCAGCCACGUGGCCCUUUUUUCCCAGGGUGUUCCUAUGAAUCAUCCUGACUACUACAACAUCAGCGUGAUUCAGACCCUCUUGGGUGGUGGGACAUCGUUUAGUUCAGGCGGCCCUGGAAAGGGCAUGCAAACCAAACUUUUUCGUGAGGUGCUAAACAAAGAGGGCUUCUUGCACGGGUUAGAAUGCAUCACGGCAUGGUACAGCGAUGGUGGUCUCAUUGGGCUGUACGGAAGUGCACCGCACGAGUAUGCCUACUCACUUCUGAAGGUGAUGGUGUAUCAGACUGCCUCCAUCUGCCAGCGUGUGAGUCCCCUGCAUCUUGAAAUGGCAAAGAAUCAACUGAGAUCGCAGCUUAUUCUACUCGGUGAAGGUCGUGAGCAGCUUCUCUCCGACAUGGGGUUCAACAUGGUGGUACAUAAUCAUAUCAUUACGGCCAACGAGACAGUGGAGGGAACGCAACAUAUCACGAUCGACGGACUAAAACGAGUCUGCGCCGAAAUCAUUCGUAGGCCACUCACCUUCGUUGUCUACGGCGAGACAACGAACAUGCCGUCGCAUGAGAAACUGGAGGAAGCUGUGCGGAAGAUGUAUGAGCGUCUUAAUUGA